GGAGAAGAAACCUGUAACUGCAAAACAGCCACCGCGACAACUCACAACAAGCGGCACACUUCCUUGUUCCGGAUGACGUAGGGGAAGACAAAUGAUGCAGUCAGAGACCGUCGGAAAUUUUAGAUUCGUCUCAGAGUUGUUUAUGUUUUUAGUUUUGAUUAGACCAUUUCUGCGUUGUUAUUAUCCUUGGAACUAUUACACAUUUGUUCAAAAACAUUAUAUGCUUAAUUAUGUAUGGAUCUGGAUAAAAAGAUCAUCAUCUUGUAGUAUUCUUCACAUCUAACAGGCUCGUUUCGCUGAUGAAUCUGAAUGUGAAGGCAGUUUUACUUUUCAGGAGUUUCUAAGACCCCGUAUAUGGUAAACUCUUUACCCCUUUGAUAUUGAGGCGUGUGGCCGGUCUUAGACUGGCCUGCAGUCUGUUGGCAACCAGUUCACAGGUACUGUAAUUCUUAAAGUCCUAUGCACAGGUCUGUAGUGAAUUACUCACCUUGAAUUAAGGCUCUGUCGGUUUUGGUGAUGCAGUCUGAUUGGAGGACUGAUGUACUCCUCCAGUCAACCUUCUAUCUACGUGCUGUAACAGCCAGAGUAGAGCAGAACAUUGCCACAUGAAACCGCACGGUGGCGCCUCCAUUGUUUUAUCACUUGUUAUCACCCCUACUCUCCUCCCUAAACUUUAGUGAUGUGGACGCUGGUGAAGGCUGCAGCCCACGAGCAUCUUUGUUCUCUGUUUGUUGAUUUAUUGACGGUUACAGAUCUUACAGUGAGACCUGGCUUGUAUGGUCCGUAUUCUGUAAAAUAAAUGUACAGUGUGAAAAUCCCUCCACUUCGCCUCCUGCCUCACAACGUUAUUCUAUGCCGGAGCAAGGCCAACAGCAUCCGUCGCUUCCUAAGGGUGAGGAAAUUUGCGAGCUUUAGGACCUGCCUGCCCUCCUUAGUUGUGUAUACGUGUGUGUGUUUGUGUAUUUGGGUGUGUGAGGUCUUCGCAGGUUGGGCGGGGCUCAUGAUGCAUUGUAAAAGAACUUGAAUCUUUCCACUGAACUGGUUCUGUGGACUUGGGCUGUGGGAGUGCCUCUCAGUCUGAGUAUCUGAUCCAUUACCCCUCUCUCUCUCUCUCUGCUUGUCAGUGUGUCUCUACCUCUGGCCACCUUUACCUGUGAGUGUCUUUUCUCUUCACGGAAGAUAAACGUUAGGUAAGUAGCUCAAAAACUAUCUUUAUCUCGUGUUGUGUUUAAGUUUCUCGCAGAUCUAUGAGGCGUUCAGGGACCUGUUGAUUGGCUUCAUGCUGUCUCUUUGUGAGCGUUCUCCUGAAACCUGACCCUGUGUGGGUGAUGUGUAGGAGAAGGGUUUGCAUGUCGUUUUUUUCUGUUGUUCUGCGGCGAAAACGUUCAUAAAAGACAUAAUUUAGCCGUGUGGCAUUCAAAGUCCGACUCCGCAAAAGCAAACAAGGAGUGGCUGUAAAAUGUCUCUCAGCGAGUCUGUAAAAAGACUCCUUGUUUCUGUGCUCAAUUUAUAAUUCAUGUUCAAGAAGCAGGCAAAAGGCAUUUUUUGUCUUUGAGUAGAGUGAGUAUAUAAAAACAACUCAACUCAACUUUAUUUGUAAAGCACUUUAAAACAACCACAGCUGAACAAAGUGCUGUACAUAAAGAGACGAAUCAACGCAGACGUAAAAAAAAAAAACAAUCAAAAAACAGUUAACACAAUGGAUACAUUAAAAGCAGAAUUAAAAAGUAAAAUAUAGUCUCAGUGUUUUUAAAAACGAAUUUAAAAACAGAAACAAAAAACUAAAAACAAACCACAAAACACUAAAACGGGAGCCGAGUCUCAUGCAGGGUUAAAAGCCAAUGAAUAAAAAUGGGUUUUAAGACGAGUUUUAAAAAUGGACUGUGUGUGGACCAAUCAACACAAUCAAACACAGGAAACACAUCACAACAGGAGACACUCUCAAGAACAGUAAACACGCAUAAAGCUCCUAUCAGGAGUUUUUGACAUUUAACAGAGAAGCUUUUCAUGGAAGCUCAAAAGCAAACAAGCCAACUAGAAACCAGACUGGUGGUUUUAUAUCACUAUUUUAAUAUCUGAAACAGGUGCCAGGGUAGGAAGUAGCUGAACAGUUAAAGAGCCAACCCUAUUUUUACAAUUUGAACAGUCACAAUGAAUAUGACUGUUAAAAGUCAGCUGAAGUAGAAGAUAAACAAAGACUGAUAAAGUCGAUUUGCAUGGGCACUACAAUAAACACAGGCCGUGAGUCCUUUUCAGGAUGUCUAAAGGUGCAGUGUGUCAUUUUUGGUAACAAUUAUUGUCAGAACAGACUUGGCAUACAUGUGAUAUAAUAAAUGUCUUUGAAGUAGUGUAUAGCUGCCUGAGUAUACAUCCAUGUUGUUUUCAUUAACUUUGAAUGAGUCUUAUACGAUUAUGAAGGAGUGGGUCUCCAUUUAACAUCCAGAAUCUAGACACUGAAGCUACAUUAGGAAAGACUAGGACAAAAUCAGCAUCAAAUCGCAGGUCACAUCACUGUCAUGCAGGUGGAAGAGAUGGAAGACAUCAUUUAGAGGUUAAAGAAAAGGAAUAUCAGAACUUUGUUGUGAUAGUUAGCUUGAUUAGUAAGCUGAGGAUCAUUUAAUCCCCUUUUCCACAGGUUGUUUUGUAUCUGUAUAAAACCUACAGCAUAGUUCUGAUAUUUGGCUCAUCAGAACUAUCAGUGUAUAAAUGAAUAUUUAUAGUAGACAAAUAAGAGGCUCUCAUGGCUUGUUAUUCAGUUUUUGGGAGCUUAGCAACUCUACGAUCCAUUCUGUAAAAUAAGUGAUAAAAGUUAGCUACAUUAUGUUUAGAACUUCAAAAAGCUGUGGGGAGAUCAGAAUUCAGAAAUAUUCACUUGUUGUCUUCUCCCAUUGUUCAUUUUUUAUUUGUUAUUUUGCAUCUUAACAUCUUGUUAACUCUGACUCUGUUUCAUGCAGACUGCACCAUGUUUCUGGCAAAGAGUUUAAUUAGUGGCAUCAUCAAAGUUGUCACGUGAGUGCACUUCUAUUAGUAUUUUUUCUGUUUUCACUGAGCCAGGCCUACCUGCAAUUUUAACAUUACUCUGUGUUUUGUUUUUUUCCUCAUACAGAGACAUCGACCCUUCACAGUUUGUCCCCUCAAACCCUGUAAGUACAAAACCUGAGAAAACUCCCAGAGCAGAAACAGUUUUAUUGGAUUGGAAACAUUUGCCCAUAUGUUUGACAUAAAUGAUAAACAGAAACACCCCUGACCAAGGCAGCAUCCUCGGGUCUGGAGAAAUAAUGCCUCAAGUGGACGCUGGUGCAGUUCCACAAGUGUCCACUUAAGGCUGUUUGCAAAAGCUCCAGUAACCACAAACACUAAGCCAGGUGAGCUCAUUUAAAGAGCAAAAAUAUACGCGCCCACAGCCUGGUUCACAAACCGGUUUUGGUCUGAAUCAUUUUCUUACACAUUUGUGCCAAAGUUAUUAAGGUUAAGAGAUCAGCGAAUUAGAAGCAGGAACACUGUAACCAAUCGUGAAGAAAGUAAAGGCCCGCCUCUGGUAGGUUGACAUUAUGGCGAAGAUCGCUAAUAGGCUUCAGAACUCAGCUUCAGGAACAGAUGAGUGGCGUGUCUGAUGCUACAUCCAGUAAUUACAGUCUGUGCUCAGACCCCUUCAUUAGGUUUAAAAGUCAGAUGUCUGUUCCCAUUUGUGUCCAGAGCCCUAAUAUGUGAAACUGUGAAUUUAAUUCAAAGUUAGACACUCAGAUUUCUCCAGUGGGGGAUUUUAUAAGCUAGCAAACACUGAGUGCACUCAGACUGAAAAAUGUGUGUGAGCUAACUAACAGGAGCUCUUUGUGUGUGUGUGUGUGUGUGUGUGUGUGUGUGUGUGUGUGUGUGUGUGUGUGUGUGUGUGUGUGUGUGUGUGUGUGUGUGUUUACAGCCUGCUCCUCGCAGACCUCUGAACUUUGCUGAGUCUCAUGAGACUGAGGAGGAGCAACAGUUUCGGAGGGUUUUCCAUCAGCUGGCUGGAGAUGUGAGUAACAUAAUAUAUUCUAGUUUAAUCCUGUUAAUCCACUUGUGUGUAUGUGUGUUUGUGUAAGUGUGUGUGUGCUUUGUGUUUACACUCCAUUUAUCAAUCCCCAAUUGCACUGAGGAGUUAUUUUUAUUAUUUGCAUUGUUAUUUUUAUUUUUACAGACACACUAAAGCUUCUCUGCAGAAUGACCAUAAGCAGUCUCUUAGCAUGUCCACCUGUCUGUCUUUCCCUUUGCUCUCACCUGAUCCCUCUCUGCUCACCACACCUGUCUGCUGUCGGCUGCAUACCAAACUCCACCCUACUCUGUCUCAUUCUCUGCCUCUCGGUUUUCUCUGAAGGUCUCGUUUAUCGUCGAGCUCGACAGGUUCUGUCACUUCAAACAACCUGAUUUACACCUUUUCUUUGGUAUUCACAAAAUGACCCUGAAACAGAGGAGAAUUUGAAUGUAGAAAGUACACAUUACCUCUUGCAUUGUUUGACUGGUUGCUAGAAACACCAAAAGGUGCAUCAGCAGUGAACGUUGUGAGACUCUCUUCUGCAGAUUCAUGAUGAUAUGGCACUUUUGCAUGAGGAUUUGUCUCAUUUUGUUGGGAUCUAUCAACUUUUCUUUAGAUGCAGAGGAAAAAAAUCAUGAUAAAUAAAUGGAAAAAGUUCUUAUCAGUCAGUAGUGGACUGAAGUAUUCAGAACAGAGGACUUUGGCUCCUCUGGACCGUUGCCGCAGACCCCCCCCCCCCCGGCCCUGAGCUCCUUCUUCUCUCUGAUUCCUCUGGACUGUUGCUGUUACUGUUACUGCAGACAUGAACAUCAGCCUCACUGUCAUUAUUGACAUUAAUAAUACAAAAUAGAACUGACUACGAUUAAGCCUGCUAACUGUAAUCGCACUCAAUUAAUUCAACAUUGUCCAUUAUCACUCAUAUCCUAAACCUGUAAACUGAACUUCUUUUUGUUUCACCAUUACAUGAGCUGUUGUUGUUGUUGCUGUUGUUCCUGCUGCCUCCUGUCUCUCUCUCACCCUCGUUCCCUACUCUCUCUCCCUCCCCCUCCCUCUCCAUACUCAUUCUCUCUCGCCUUUCCCCCAUCUUGUUGUCUCUCUCCCUCCCCCUGUCCUCUCCCCCUCUCCCCUCUUCUCUCUACAUUCCUCCCCAACCCAGCAGCGGCAUGGUGGCUGUCUAGCAUGAGUCUGGUCCUGCCCAAGGUUUCUGCCUGUUAAAAGGAAGUUUUUCCUUGCCACUGUAACUCAUGUUAGUUGAGAUGGGCCAAAACCCAUCUUAGGUUGGUUCUUGAUCAUCAAACAAUGAGCGUGGUCCAGACCUGCUCUUGUUCCUUGAAAAGCGUCUUGAGAUGACGACUGUUGUGAAUUGGCGCUAUAUAAAUAAAAUUUGAUUGAUUGAUUGAUUUGAUUAUAAAGCUAGCGUAACUGUAAAUGUAUUUCCUACCAUAGAAAAGUGAUACAGAUAACACGUUUGUAAGAACAGUAAACCUAUACACAGUGUUGUCUGUGUUAUCCACAGUGUUAUCUGUGUUAUCCACAGUCCACGCUAACAAUGAUGCUAAUGUUGGAAUUGACACUGCACUGUCAACUUUACAUAUAAGAAUGCCAUUAAAUUGGUGCUGGAGAUCUGAAGGCCAACUUUUUCACCAAGGUAACUUCAUUUUGCACAUUUGGGGUCAUUGCUUCUGUAGAUUGCUUUGGCUUAAUGCUGCAAAACCUGCUAUAAAAGCUGCAAAUCAACCUUCUGAAGGCAUAUACAUUCACGUAAAGUUCUUGAUUUGAUCCCUGACAGGUUCUGAUUGUUAUUCAAAGUUUCUGUCAAUGUUACAGAAAGGCUUUCUUCCUUAUUUAUUAAGUAAGAGGGUCUUUCUGAUCAGGAAACAGCUGUUGCAGCUCCAGUCAAAACCACCAGACUCCAGGAGUUUUGCUUUUCAUGGCGCAGAAGUUGCUGAUCCUUUACAGGACUUUUGUUGUUGAAAAACCUUCAGCUUUUUAGUUAUUUAGUGAACAUGCUCCUCAAAAAAAAAAAAACUGUCAUUGAGUAAAAACCCAUUAUUCUAAAGUAGAUACCAUCUCACUCUCACCACUGUCUUAGCUGCUCUUACAGAUGUGAAUGAAUAUGCAUCUGCAUUCAGAACAACUUGCAGUAAAAAAAAAACAACUCUUUUCAUACUAAAUCAAAUGCUGACAGUCAGAGGAAACUUGAGCAGGUAAUAAAUAAAUGUCAGUGUCAUCAGCGUAGAGUAAAAGGGAGAGUUUGGGAUGUUCUACUCAAGACAAUUUGUGUAAGUUGUAAAUUCAACCCCCUUUAAACCCCCUUAGGGAUUUUUAGCAUUCUUGAGGCAGUACUUUCUAAUGUUACCACUUGGGCUCUACCCAUGAGAUGGUUUGCAAACCAGCUGAGUGUUGGUAGGGAAACCCUAACAGCUCCAAGACAUUUAAGUAAGAUGAUGUGGUCAACAGUAUCAGAAGUCUUGGAAAAGUCAAUAAACACAGACAGGCAACACUGCUUACUAUCUAGGGCUUCCAGAAUGCCUUUUAACUUCCCCUGACUGAGAGAGACAAGUGGACAGAAACUGCUGCCUCUAAAAUAUGAACGGUCUUUCUAUUCAGGAACACUCUCAAAUCUAAAUCUGAGCCUGUCAGUGGCAAAAACAGGAACUUUGAGUGGACAUAGUGUCACAGGGUGUGUUGGCCCUGAGGAUUACACUCCAGCAGUAAGUGCAAGUUUGGAAGCUGCUGGAGAAGAAACCUACUUAAGAAAUUUGUAAACUUUUUGGCUCUUAAACCAUUUAGACUCAUAAAUGUACAAACGGAAGUCUAAAAAAACACCAGGAUUUUUCUUUGUGUUUGCAUGUGAGGCUUUAAUUGUUGGUAUCCGCACAAACUUCCCCCUUCACUAUAAACGGACUCCCUUAUCUUGCUUUAAUUUAUCAGCUGGCUUAUAAACACAGUGUGUCGUUUUCUUUAGAGAUAAACACUAAAGUAUGUGUUCAGUGUCCUCUGUUAACUUGUGGAAACAUCAGUCUGCUUCAGGGCGUGUUAGAGAGAGAGAGCGAGGGAGAGACGCUGUCUUUAUGCAUUCCUGCCAUUGUCUGACAGGGAGGCUCAUGCCUUAUGCUGUAACUUGUGUGUGUGUGAGUAUGUGUGUAUAUUUGUGGGUGUGUGUUCGUGUGCAUGUCUGAGGUUUUCUCUGACUCAUCAGAGGGGUGUGUGCACAAGUAAAACCAGAACAGCCGGUUGUCAGUGGGUAGAUUUUUCUAAAUCAACAGUUAUAGUAUUUUGGGCUCACGAUGAUGAUGGUGAUGAUGAUAAAGAGGAUGAAGUUUGUUGCAGUAAAAUAAAGACCAACCCACUUGGUUGUGCUUCAGCUGGGUUGAGGUAGAACCAUCUGGUCGUUCUUUUCUGGAAACUUCCUGUGAAGCCUUAAAGGUACAGGGCAGCAGCCUUACUCUCAAAGCUUCCUCGCCCAAAGAGUCGCUCUUAGUGACAGAACUCUAAAAUUCAUUACCUGCAGCAGUUGUGGUUGUACAAGCCAGCACAACAAGGAAGGUGAUCACAAGAUAUCUAGCAACUGAAAAAAAUGCCACAAUUUCACCCGCGAUGAAAUUCUCAGAACAGGUGAGCUGCAUGGUUAUUAAGGACAAAACCAAACUAAAGAGAGUGCAGAGUAACAUCGUUUCCCCGUUUUUGCUAUUUACUGGUCAGAUCACUGGUUGUGUUACAGCGCUCCUUGUCCAGAGAUAACAGUGUGAUGCUGCUUCAGGGUUGUUUUAGCAACAGUGAAAGAGUUUGGAGAGUCAAUGUGAGGGGAGAAGUUUUUAGCAGUGUGUCAGAAACUGGAAAAAAAAUCAAAGAAUCUAAAACAGCUUCAGUCUAAGUGAGUCACUCAGAUCAGCUGUGACUCACUGUUUGUGCGUGUGUGUGUGUGUGUGUGUGUGUGUGUGUGUGUGUGUGUGUGUGUGUGUGUAUGAGGGACUUCCUCUGUGAAAAACAAGAACAAUGUCUAAUGUGUAUGUUUGUGUGUUUGUGUGUGUGUUAACAGGACAUGGAGGUGAGCCCCACUGAGCUGAUGAACAUCCUCAACAAAAUCAUUAGUAAACGUGAGUUUUGCCUGACAUAAAUGUAUUUUUUUUCUAAAUAUGUUUUCAUUCUUAUCUUCUUUUGAUUUUAAUAUUUUUAUUAAUCAAAUUUUGAUCUUAACAUCUGUGGCUUUAGACCAGGGUCUGACGACAGAUGGUUUCAGCAUUGAGUCCUGCAGGAGCAUGGUGGCCGUCAUGGAUGUAUCCUUCCACUAAAUCAGAAUAGUUAUCCCCAGGUGCAAUUUAACAUUAAAGAGUCUGUUUUCUCGUGUUUAUAUACUCAUAUGCACCAAUCAGGCACUCAGCAGCUGUUACAGUGAUAUCACCCACAGAAUUAAAGGAAUUGUUAUGUGUAAUGGAAACUAUGACAAAGCACUGUGCGCAUAUUCUCAUGUGUUCAGCUUCCAGUACUGAGUUUGACCUUUGACCCCGCCCCCUUCAGAGUGACAGCACUGGUAAACUGGGCUUUCACGAGUUCAAAUACCUGUGGAAUAACAUCAAAAGAUGGCAGGUCAGCUCACUGCUUCAGUUCCAAACACUUCCAGCACUAGAGUUUAAAGAUCAUGAAUAUUAAUGAUCCAGUCAAAUGAUUUGAUUGUUGUUUAUUUUCAAUAUUGACUUUAUUUAUUGUUUGAUUAUCAAUCUCCAGGGUAUCUAUCAAUCUCAUGAUGCUGAUGGAUCAGGUGUGAUCUGCGCCAAAGAACUGCCACAUGCCUUUAAAGCUGCAGGUGAGAAACCCUUAAACACUGCAGCGUAGUGUUAACAGGGUGUAGUGUUUCAAACUAAUUUAUUUUGUGUGUGCGUGUGUGUGUGUUCAGGUUUCCCUCUGAACCAAGAUCUUUAUAAGAUGAUCAUCCGUCGCUAUAGUGAUGAGCGUGGCAACAUGGACUUCGACAACUUUAUUGGCUGCCUGGUGCGACUGGAUGCCAUGUGCAGUAAGUCCCUCUCCUCUCUCUCUUGCUCCACUCUUUUUCAGCCUGUUACACCGGGACAUAUAUUUAACUAACACACUGGACCUUUUUAGGACUCUAACAUGUACUAUUGUCUAUAUGUACUAUAUAUGGUUUUCUAGUAAAAUCUAUCAUGCUGACUACUUCCUUUUAAAAUAAUAAACAAAAUAAAAAGUUAUUUUCUGGAUUGUAUUGCAGCAGUGAAAAAACAACUUCUCUGCCCAAAUUUAUCUCAAAUCAGCUGUCUGCUGUCUUCCCUUUGAGUGCAUUACCACAUUUUUAGUUUGUGACAGUCUUUUGGAUGCAGCAUCACAACAGCAAACCACUUUAAAAAUAAAUAACGUUUUGUAUGUAGGUUUAGUAUCUGAUGUAUCUGUUUGUUCUUUAGGAGCCUUCAAGACUCUGGACAAGGACAACAGCGGCUCCAUCGAGCUGGACGUCAAAGAGGUAAGUCUGAUCAGGUUACGUCAUUUCUGCCCUGAUGGUAUCCAGGAGUGAGGUCAUGUUUCUUUGAAAACAUUGUCAGAGACAUGAUGCAGUUAAUAUCAACAGUUUCAGCCAUAAUGUUCCAAAUUUCACUUAUAUGCAGAUGAUACUGUUCUCUGGUGAUCAGCUCUAACACAGUAUCUUUGUUUGAGCAGUGCAGUAACUUUGAUGCAGAAAUAAGUUGUGUUUUCUUUUUCUUAUGUCGUUGUUUGAUUAUAGUGAUGUUUUGUUUAUUCAUGCAUCAUAUUAGUGCCUUCAUCCCCUGUAUACUGUGUACCAUGAAACUUUAAGGUUCAGCACAAAUCCAUAACUCAUCAUUGGUCCCAGUCUGCUUUGUCAUCCUGUAGACUAAAUCACCAGCAUAUGCUUAUCUUUAUGACAAUUGUUAGUUUGCUGCCCUUCUAUUUAUGUGAUUUCACUCAUUUGAUGAAUUCAGGGUACUCUUAUCAAACAGACUCUUGGUCCCAGUAAGGCUAAGUGAAUUUGAAAGAAUAUAUCAAACAAUUAUUGGGAACCUUGUUAGGCAGAAAAGGGUGUAUUUUCUCUGAGUCUAGGUCAUUUAUUGAGGUUCUAACUAAGUUUUAGCUCAUUAUACAUUUUUAGUAGGUCUCAGUAUAUUUGUAUUGAAUUUCCAGUUGGAAAUGAAGUUUGAACAUGUUUUUUUUGUUUGUGUCCCUCAGUGGCUUCAGCUGAUGAUGUACUCGUAAAGACAUGGAGGGAAGCUGCUCCUAAAACAAGAAACAAUGUCUCCCCCUUCAUCUCUUUCUACUUGUGUGUGAUUAUGGAUGUGCAAUAAUGUAUGAAACCCCUUUGUAUCCAUGGUAAUAGGACCAAAACACCAGCAUAGAGUGAAAGUAUCAGAGGUAAUCAAACUGGGACCAAAGCAGAGCUGAUGCUGCUGUUGCACUGUCCUGUUGCUGCCAGGCAGAGGCGCUACAACACCCCCAUGUUACAGAUUUCUAUGUCUUAUGAAUCAGAGAAAAUUUAGACAGUAGAAGGAUUUAAUUUGGCUGGAAUUUAGUUUGAAAUUGAUUUUAAUGUUUGAAAGAAUAAAGUAACAAAUCUGACUUUUAAAUAUUGUGCUGUUUAUUCAAUUGGUGCGAAAACUGUGUCUGAAUUUGCAGGUUCUUAUUCAAGCUGAUUUUCUCUGUAUGUUUAUUGAAAAUGUGUGUAACCGCACAGAGUAAGUGGACUUUUCUUUAUUAAAAGACAGUGACUUGAGUCUAUUAAGAAAUGAUAAACAUGCUUGUGUAGUUAGUGUGUUUCUGUCAACAUGGGAUGAGAGCUAAUCCCAGUGUAAGUUUUUACUGAAGGAAAAUAAAGAUAUAACCAAAAACAACACAAGCCAAGAAAAUCUGAGAACACAGGGACAUAAAAUAAAGCAAAACAACCAAGACUGAGCAGAAUAUUUAUUUGAAAAUCACAAUGUCAGGGUCAACCAUAUUAUCCCUGUAAAGGGCCAUUUGUUUUACAGCCAACAAUAAGAAAACAAGAACACAAAGAAUCAUAAAAAUAGUAAAAACAUUCACCCAUUCAGAGGCAAAAGAGAAAAAUAGAAUUGUAAAACAAGAGCUAUUGAGGGACUUGACUGUUUUUCCCUUAAUAAGACAGACUAGAGUGACAGUAAAUGCAAAAAGAGAGCGCAGGAGUGACAUGCACCAAAUCAUAUCUAGACCAAGGCUUAGGCUCACAGCAAGG